AUGCCUGUGGCUACACAGGUCUCAAAUCAGUGGCCGGGCAAAGAGCAGGUCGUCAACGAUGCCCCCAAAGUGAUCAAAGAAUUGCACUUUGGAGUUUUAUCCGACCAAGACAUCAUUAAUCAAUCUCAAGUCGAACUUGCAGACCGCCGACUCUUCGAUCUCGACAAAGGUCGCACUUACGCCGAAUAUGGACCUUUAGAUAGGCGCAUGGGCGUCUCCGGAAAGCGAGAUACCUGUGCGACCUGCGGUGAACAAUUACAGACCUGCAAUGGCCAUUUCGGUCACGACUGUUCCUGCAUCCUCCUUUCUGAAACCGAUCGACGGAAGUUCAUAGGCGCCCUACGAAGAGCGCAGCAUGACAGUCUCAGACAGGCUGCGAUCGUACGAAGAGUUGCGGACCAAUGUCGGAAGACAAAAACAUGUUUUGAAUGUGGUGCAAUCAAUGGUCUUGUCAGGAAAGCUGGAACAUAUUCCUUGAAAAUUUCUCAUGAUCGCUUCAAGUCCUACAAUUCUUCCACAGCUCUAAAGAAGGUUCCUCCGCCUGAGAAGGUCGAGUUUGACAGCUCGUUCAACCAUGCGAAGCAGUCGAAUUCAGAGCUUGACAAGCACCUCAAGAAAGCUAUGGACGAUCUAAACCCUCUACGAACCCUCAAGUUGUUUAGACGUAUACGGCAAGCUGACCGAGAACUGCUGGGACUUCGCUCCGCCAAACCCGAGUCAUUCCUCUGGCUGUACAUUCCAGCGCCACCGGUGUGUAUCCGGCCGUCGGUGGGACAAGAAGGUGCCAGCACUGAGGAUGACAUUACUGCGAAGUUGGGUGACAUCGUCGCAGCUAACACCGCCCUGAGAGAAGCCAUCGAGAAAGGCGCUCCCGUUCAGUCUGUCAUUGAACACUGGGAUUAUCUCUCCCUUCAACUGGCCAUGUACAUUAAUAGUGACGUGCCAGGCCUUGCAAAAGGGGAGUUUGGAAAACAGAUCAGAGGCUUUGUUCAGCGCCUCAAAGGCAAACAGGGCCGCUUUCGAGGUAACCUAUCCGGGAAGCGGGUUGACUUCUCUGGUCGCACAGUCAUCUCUCCUGAUCCCAACCUAAGUAUCGACGAAGUCGCCGUACCUAUUCUGGUCGCCAAGAACAUGACAUAUCCCGAAGUUGUCAAUGAUAUCAACAUAGAAAAGCUGCGAAAGAGAAUCCGCAACGGCCCCAAUGUCUGGCCCGGGGCGAAUUAUGUUUGGAAAAAAGACGGAGACUUCCGCAUCUUCUUGAAGUAUGGCAAACCAUACGUUGUUGCGAAAGAACUCAAACAAGGCGACGUUGUUGAGCGCCACCUUGAAGAUGGAGACAUUGUCUUGUUCAAUCGUCAGCCAUCUUUGCACAAACUCAGUAUUCUCAGUCAUUUCGUCAAAGUUCGACCUCAUCGUACCUUCCGACUCAACGAAUGUGUCUGCAACCCCUACAACGCCGACUUUGACGGAGACGAGAUGAACUUGCAUGUGCCUCAGACAGAGGAAGCGCGUACCGAAGCCACUCUUUUGAUGGGCGUCAAGCACAAUAUUGUCACGCCAAAGAACGGCGAGCCCAUCAUCUCGGCCAUCCAGGAUUUCAUUACUGCUUCUUUCCUUCUCAGCUCUCUCGAUCAAUUCUUCGAUAGGAAGACAUUCGUUACCAUUUGUAUGGGAAUGCUGGAACCUGACACAAAGUUCGAGCUACCUCCACCAGCUGUCAUAAAGCCAGAAACUCUUUGGACAGGUAAACAAGUCUUCAGCGUUCUAAUGAGACCGAACAAACAGUCACCAGUGACAGUCAAUCUUGAUGCUCCCUGUCGAGAUCAUAAUCAGUACCAUCCAGGCCUGCAUCGGGAUCUCCAGGAUGAUAGUUUUCUGGUUAUACGCAACUCCGAGGUCCUAUGCGGGAGAAUGGACAAGGCUACAGUUGGCUCGGGAAAGAAGAAUUCGGUCUUUUACAUCCUCUACCGUGACUUCGGUCCAGAUGCAGCUGCACAAGGAAUGAACCGACUGUCCAAACUCUGUGCAAGAUGGCUGGGCAAUCAAGGAUUCACCGUCGGCAUUAGUGAUGUGACUCCGCCUUCCUUACUGGUAAAAGAGAAGGCCGACAUGAUCGCAAAGGUUUUCGAAGAAUGCAAAGAAUUCGUCAAGACCUCCAAAGCCGGGAAGCUGAAGAGGAAGCCUGGUCUCGACGACGCUGGCUCACUUGAAGCCGAACAAAUCAGAGUACUGAGUACCGUUCGUACGAACAUUGCUGGGCGCUUGACAUCUCAACUCAGCAAGAGAAACACUCCCAUGGUCAUGGCUAUUUCCGGGUCCAAGGGUUCGAAUAUCAACGUCACACAGAUGGCCGCGCUUCUAGGACAGCAGGAUAUUGAAGGCAAACGUGUGGCCGAUGGCUUCCAAGACCGCACUCUGCCUCACUUUGCCAAACAUGAGCGAUCGCCACCAUCGAAAGGAUUCGUAUCCAAUAGCUUCUUCAGUGGGCUACUCCCAUACGAGUUUUUGUUCCACGCAGUCGGUGGAAGAGUCGGUUUGGUCGACACAGCUGUCAAGACUGCAGAGACUGGUUACAUGUCGCGUCGGCUGAUGAAGUCCCUCGAGGAUCUCUCUACACAAUAUGACCGCACGGUACGGAACUCGGCAUCCAAUAUUGUUCAAUUCCGCUUUGGUGACGAUGAAUUGGAUCCGGUCGACAUGGAGGCCAGUGCAAAGCCGGUCGAUUUUGAACGUACAUUUGCUCACGUUGAAGCCACUACCUUCGACAUGAACGACCCUGGUCUUAGUGAUACCGAAAUAUUCACCACCAUGGAAGAAAUUCUUGCGCCAAACCGUGGUCUUCUCACCCGUGUUGAUUUGAACGGGAAUGAGCUCCCAUAUGACAACGACGAUGACAGAUUUGUCGAUCAGCACGAAAGCCAUCGUGCAUUCUUGCAAUCCAUCCACGAUUUCGUCAUGGCUAAGGUCCGGUCGGUCGAGGAUGCGAAAGUACAAAAGAAAUCAUUUGCUCUUCCACCAGCAGUAGCCUCUAAUUCGAGCAAACGUAAGGUUGACGCUGAUGACGACGAUGGUGAAAAUGAAUCUGUAUCGAGUCCAGCUCGACGCUCCAGUCGCAAGGCAGCCUCAGUUGCGCCACUUUCACCAAAGGCCGUCAAGAAGCAAAAGAAAUCCGAGUCGAAUGACCAAUCCGUCGUCCGUGUCCAGGCGGCCCCGUCCACGAAGGAUCGCUUCGAUAUGACGUCCAAGGUCUCUGAGAAGACUCUGAAAGCAUUCAUCAAUCUCUGCCUAGAGAAAUACGAACGUGCUCGUGUUGAGCCAGGCCAUGCCGUGGGCGCUGUUGGCGCACAGUCAAUUGGUGAGCCAGGUACACAGAUGACACUGAAGACUUUCCACUUUGCUGGUGUCGCAGGUAUGUCGCUCACGGCCGGUGUGCCUCGAAUCAAGGAGAUCAUCAACGCAUCCAAAGAAAUCAGUACGCCUGUCAUCACGUGUCGUCUGGAACGUCGUCGAGAUUUGUCUAUCCCAGAAUCACUCGGGCGUAUUGUGAAAGGCCGUAUUGAGUGUCUCUACCUCGAAGAUGUCGCAAAGAGUAUUGAAAUUACACUACCGAUGAUGCGUUCCAUCAGCAUUCUCCUCAAGAUCAGCCUUGACACGAUCACCGAGCUUGGCCUUGAUCUGACGGUGCAGGACAUUUGCCUUGCGAUCCAGCGCCACCGACAGCUCAAGGCGGCCAAGUUGCGGAUUCGGAUCAAAUCUGCAAGCGAAGUCGUUCUCGAGACUGAAAGUGCCAUCAAGUCGGCCAAGCGCGGUAAUGCCGCCAAGAUCGACGAAGAAGGCCAAAACGAGAAACUCCUCCGACUACGAGCCCUCCGCAGAAUCUUGCCCAGCGUGCACGUUCUCGGCCACCCGCUGGCAACGAGAGCAGUGGUGAUGGCCGAAGAUGAUCCUCGGAGCGACGAGAUCAAGGCACUACGUGCUCAGACAGCCCGCAUCAAGGCUGAAGCCGAACAAAGCCGGUCGGCGCACCUCGAGGUCAAAGACGAGGAAGGGUCGAAUUCCACGUCGUCGCCUGAAUCGAGAGUCAAGACUGAAGAACCAGUCGCCACACCGAGCGCUACCCAGGCGCCCGCCAAAGACGACGGAAAGCCUGUUCAAAUGCAUAAAGUCAUGGUGGAAGGUUAUGGAUUGCGCUACUGCAUGAACACCGAGGGUGUCGACGCGUAUCACACGCAGACGAACAGUGUUGUCGAGACUCUGCAGGUCCUUGGGAUCGAGGCUGCUCGUGCAAAAAUCAUCCUGGAGAUCCAGGAGGUCAUGAAGUCUCUGUCUAUUGACCCUAGACACAUGGCCCUGCUCGCUGACGUGAUGACUUACAAGGGCGAGGUCCUGGGCAUCACGCGAUUCGGCCUGGCCAAGAUGCGCGACAGCGUGCUACAACUGGCUAGUUUCGAAAAGACGGCGGAUCACGUCUUUGACGCGGGCAUUGCAGGAAAGAUCGACAAGAUCGAGGGCGUGAGCGAGAGCGUCAUUGUCGGCAAGACGAUGAACGUCGGUACUGGAAGUGUCGAGGUCGUAAGGUACCUCAAUGUCGAUCUGGAAGGAAAAGUCAAAGGCAAGAAGCCUGCCGUUUUUGAAGACGCGUGGAACAAGGCGCUCAAGGUCGAGAAGAAGAAAUCGGCCAACUAG